AUGGAUACAUACACCCACACCCCUAACUAUAACACUAUCGUUGAUGAGAAAUUAUCGGGUGGUGAACGACAGCGUCUAGCCAUUGGGCGAGCAUUGAUUGGCAACCCGAAAAUUCUACUUCUUGAUGAAGCAACAUCAGCAUUAGACAAUGCCAGUGAACGACUCGUUCAGCAAGCUCUCAAUCAAGCUAAACUCGGUCGUACUACGAUCGUUAUCGCACAUCGUCUUUCUACUAUUCGAAAUGCUGAUCUAAUCAUAACAAUGAAACAUCAUGAAGGUAUCGUCGAAAUCGGCACACAUGACCAACUUAUGCGUAAUAAAAGUCACUAUUUCGAACUGGUCAAAGCACAGAAACUAGAUUCACAUAUAGAAGUUUCUGAUGAGCAUAAAACGUCCGAACAGAACGAGUCAACCGAUAAUAAGUCUUUAUGUGAAUCUUUGGCAAGAACGACAUCAUCAGCAAGUUCAGUAAAUCUCCAAGAACAAUUCACUGUGAAGCAGGAAACCAAAAGGAGAUUUUGCUGUACCCAUCGGUCAUUAAUUCUUCGUCUACUAGGUUUCAAUCGGCCCGAAUGGCCAUUCAUUGCUAUUGGUACAAUUACCGCUACGAUGGCUGGCGCAGCCGAACCAAUAGUGGGUGUCAUAUUUUCAUCUGUCUACCAUCAAUAUGCCAAUACUGAUGUUCAGAAUCAGAUUCGUGAAACACGUAAUCUCGCUUUGAUCAUCUUCUUCCUACACCUAGUCGAUGGAUUUUUUAUCUGGACUAUGAUAUGGUCGUUUGCUGUCUCAGGAGAACGUUUGACUAAACGUAUGCGUCUCAUGGCAUUUUCUGCAAUGCUUCGACAAGAAAUCGGUUUUUUCGACACGGAAAAAAAUUCAGUUAGUGCUCUAACUACUCGACUCUCUGCAGAUGCAUCAGCAUUGAAGGGUCUAUCAGGCAUUCGAAUAGGAGUGACUUUACAAGCAUUUGGUGCACUUUUGACGGCUAUUGUUAUUUCAUUUCAAGCUGGAUGGAAAUUAUCUUGUGUUAUGUUUUGUUUUGCUCCUUUAAUGGCAUUUUCCGGUCUUUUACAAGGACAAAGUCAGUCGAAGUCGGGCAAAACUAAAUCCUCAAGCAGUUGGGCUGAUCAAGGAUCACAAUGUGCCGCUGAGGUAUUUAACAAGAUACGCACAGUGGCAGCACUCGGUUGUGAAGAGUAUUUUAUUGAUAAAUUUGAAAAUGCAUUUAAUAAAAGCUUCUACGCCUUUCUUCCAAAAAUUCAUAUGCGAGCUAUCGGUUAUGGUAUAUCGAAUUCUUUGAUUUUCUUCUUGCAUAUCACAACGUUUACCUACGGUUCAAAACUAGUUGAAAACAAUGAAAUGUCGGUCGAUCAGGUUUUUCGAAUAUUUAUUGUUAUCACUUUUGCUGCUACAGCAGUUGGUCAAAGCAUUUCAAUGNAAUAUUCAAAAGCUCGGUCAGCAGCUCUACGAAUUUUCUCGUUGAUUAAACGACAACCAUUCAUUCACAUGAAUGAAGGUAUUUCAUUGGUAAGAUGUUAUUGGUAUACUCUCAGACAAGUCUCCUUCAAGAAGAAUCUCUGUUUUUGUUUGUUGUAAUUCAAUAGUCAGCUGAUCAGAUCAUCGGCGAAAUCGAAUUCAAAAAUGUUUAUUUCUCGUAUCCGAUGCGUGAGAAAAAAUUUGUACUACGGAAUUGUUCGUUCACAUGUUCUCCGCAUACAUCGAACGCAUUCGUCGGAAAAUCAGGUUAUGGGUAUGUCCAUCGAAUGAAGGACAUUCUCAUAUGUGUAU